UGUUACAAACGUAGACUCCGCCCUCUCGGAUGUAGCUGUUAACAAAUCGAACGUGUCCUUUCCUCAUACAGCUUCAGGAUUGGCUGGUGAGGUUUGAACUAGUUAUAAACGGUUUCAGCGGGUCAGUGGGAAGGUUUGCUAUUGUCGCCCGGGACUUUUAGACUGCGGAGACUUUACACAUGGAAGUCUCCCCCUCUUUUUUUAGGACAUUUAUUUUUAUGCAAGUAUGCCAUUGAUUUAACUUUUAAAAUUAGCGGAGCGUUGCGUUGCUUUCACAGAAACUCUGAUAUCAAAGUCACUAUGAACUCCAUGUUAUCAUCCGUGCGAUCCCUCAUGGAAAUGUUCGAUGGCAAAGCUCAAGAAUUCAUCAGUGAAAUUGAUAAUGUCCACAUGGUUUGGCUUGAGGAGAUCCAGCAAGAAGCCAAUCGCAUGUUCUCAAGGGAUUUUAAUGCAGAACCAGAAUUAAUGCCAAAAACACCAUCACAGAAAAAGAAUAGUCGCAGGAAGCGUGUGUCUGUGGGGCGUCAAGAAGAAAAUCAAGCCAGACGAAGAUUUUCAAAGGGAAGACGCAGUAACCUUCGGGGCUCUGGAACCUCUGUCAAAUCACUGAACUUGAUUGCUGAAGAGGAGAAUAUUCCUGAACCCUCCACCUCUGAAGCCAACAGCACCACUCAACCUAAACGCACCACUCGCAAAAAACAGAAAAAGCCUGAGGUGGCAGAGGAUGUGAGUUUGUCACCAGACAGCAGUAAAACCGAAGAGGUGCUGAACAAGAAGCCAGAGCUGGUAGAGGAAGAAGAUGCAAACAAAGAAAACAAGGCGAACAAUGCUGAAGUCCAACCUGAUGACACAGGCAGCGCUGCCCCGUCUCCCCCUAAGAUACCCUCCCCUGAGGUUGUUGUCAGCAUCUCUCCAGCAGAACGCUUGUCUGCUGAACUCGCUAAAAACCCGGUGCUCUCUCCUGGCCGUACAGCUGCUAAGAUCGCAAUAGCUGGAACUUCUCAAAGCUCAAGGCGCAGCUCCGUUCGGUGCUCCCUCAACCUCCGUCGCUCGCGGGCUGGUCUGCGGCACAGCAUGACCCAGGAGUCUGUUCGCAGAGCCUCACGCCGUUCUAUGCUUAAGAAGAAAGCAGCUCGUAUGGGCAACUCCACAUGUAGCAGCAGCGUUGGUGAUGACUCUUCAGUGGACACUGCAGACGAGAAGGAUGAUGUGGUAGAAGAUGUACCUGCAGACACAGUGGAUAAUGCUGUACCAGAAAAACUUAAGGAAACUCCAGAGAUCCCGAUUAACCAGCAUGUUGGGCGCAUCACUCGUUCUGUGGCUGCAAACUCUCCAACACUUGCGCCUCCCUCAUUGUCUGUCUUUAAUUCAAAAAUGAGUACUCCAAGCAAAAAAACAGCUGUCGCUGAGAAGCAACAGAUGUCCCAGGCUGUUCGCCGGUCCAGUCGCAGUACUAAGCGCAAAGCGCCCGAUACUGUAGAGGAAAGUCCCACAAAGAGGUUCUCUCCUCCCAAGAAAAGUCAAAGUGCAAUCAGACCAAACAUGAGAUCUUUUCUCCACACUGUGCAGAAGAAUCAGAUGCUGAUGAUGACUCCAAAUUCCCUGGGCCGGACCGCUGUGAUCAAGUCUUUCAUCAAACACACCACUCCUUUGAAGGCUGAUCCUAAGUUGAGCAGUGGUAUAGUGACAAAAGAGCGUCACAAGUUGGAAGCCCUUAAAAAGAAGAUGGAGCAAGAGGAGGAAAGGAUGAAGAAAAUGGAGGAGGAGAAGAAAAGAAAACAGGAUGAACUUAAAAGGAAGAGGGACGAGAGGUUAAAAAGAGUGUUUGAGGCCAAAGUAAAAGAAGAGCAGAGGGAGGAAGAAAAGAAAAAGAAGAUUGAGCAAAAAAUGGCUCAGAUCGAUGAGAAAAAUGAUAAGCGUCAAGCCGAGGAGAAGGCCAAGAAGAAGGUGACCCUGAAGCGCCUAGAGGAGCAGGAGCAGAAGAAGAAACUGGAAGAAGAAGCCAAAAAGAAGAAGAUUCAACAGGCAGAGGAGGAGAAGCGGCAGCUGGAGUUACUGGCUAAGAAGAAGGCCGAGGAGGAGGAACAGCGAGCUCGUAAGCUGGCUGAAGCUCGCAAAGCUCUGGAGUUGAAGAGGGAACAGGAGAGAGAGCUGGAAAGAGAACGACAAGCUGCUGCUGAAAGGGAGCGAGUGGAAAAAGAAAAGGCUAUCGCUCUGCAACGUGAACUGGAGCGAGCAGCGAGAGAAAAGGAGAUUAGGGAACUGGAGCAGAGAAGGAAAGCACUUGAAGAAAAAAGAAAACUGGAGGAGCAGCAAAGACUGGCUGCAAAAGAGAAAGCUCUUAAAGAGACCGAAGCCGCCAAGCUGAAGGAGGCUACACAGACCCGUGCUGCUCUAAAUAUGACCGUGGACAUUGAGCGCUCAGUUUUGAACACACCCGUAGGAAAAGGUGGUGGCAUCAGCGUCGUGGAUUGUGAGACCCGUGCUGCUCUAAAUGUGACCGUGGACAUUGAGCGCUCAGUUUUGAACACACCCGUAGGAAAAGGUGGUGGCAUAAACGUCGUGGAUUGUGAGUCCUCACCACAGUCAUACGUCAUCACACCAAAAGGCAACAACAAACCUUUGAUUACGUCCAAAAGUCUUGAGGAUUACGGGAUGGACCAAAACAGUGACGACUCCACUGAUGACGAGUCUGCACCGAGGAAAGCUAUUCCAUCCUGGGCGGAAGGGCCCAAUCUGCAGCAGAUCAUCAUGAAGCAGUACUUCAACCCUCCUGAUUUAGACUCUUUCUUCGGAAUAGUUGAGCCACCGAAACUGGAAAGCAUCUUUUACAAGAGCAAGCCUCGGUAUUUUAAACGCACCAGCUCAGCGGUGUGGAACUCGCCUCCUGGUGGAACCAAGUAAUGUCUGUACACUCAUGCAGAUGUACACGCUGCUGUAUAAACUUUAAUCCUUGAAAGUCUGUUUUCAAUAAAGUAACUUGUUUUUUCCUGAAUGAUUUUAAUUGUAUUUUUGUUUAAGAUUUUUAGUUGCUGGUGUUGUUUUUUUUUUUUUUUUCCAGAGAUGACCACAUUUUCAUAUGCCAGACUUUCAUUUGUUUGGUUCUGAUUUUAAGUUACUUUUGUAGAAUUUUGACUUUUUACUGUGAGAAAGCAGAACAACUAGUUUUGGUGAUGGGACUAUUGUUGUUGUAUCAGGAAAAUAAGGCAGCAGGUUCUAAUAUUUAUGGGUGUUUUGCUUUGCCAUGUCAAUAUUAAAGGGCUGAUUUUGUCUGA